AUGUUCGGCGGCGGUGGCGUGGGUGGAGCUCCGGUGAACCAACUCGGCUUGGCUAUCCUCGAGGCAUUGGAGGGUUCCGACCCAUUUGGUGGCGGUUUCGACAGCUAUGAAUCGUCUGGCUCAUUCCCCCGUGCCUUCAGCCUUCCUGAAAAGGGUCCCUUAGAUAACGUAAUACCUGGGCGCCGGAACAUCACGCUCCCCCUGAAUGCAGCACAGCAAAAGCAGCAAGAUCUGUUCGGGUGCACGUUCGAUCCAAGGGCAUGUCCAGAAUACGAUUUUAAAACUCCACCAAACAUAAAUAAAACCGCGAGUCAAGUCACUAUCAACAUUAGCCCAGACGUGGUAACAAAUGUCAAUGUGGGAACUCCCAGUAUGGACCUCUCUUCUGAAGUACCCAGUUUUGACUUAUCACGAAACAAAAUGUCAACUCCGGUCAAAAGACCCUCAUCCAGAGUUUCCGGUACUUCGCCUCCAAGUAGUAUGGUCUCAGGACCUUGUGGCCCUCAUCUUUCCCGAGCUUCGACUCCAAGUGGUAUGGCUUCAGGGCCGUCUGGUUCCCGGCUUUCCGGCGCUUCCCCGCCUAGUAGUAUGGCCUCAGGCCCUCCUGGCUCCCAUCUCUCCCGAGCUUCAACUCCAAGUGGUAUGGCUUCGGGGCCUUCUGGUUCCCGGCUAUCCGGCGCUUCUCCUCCAAGUAGUAUGGCCUCAGGCCCUCGUGGCUCCCAUCUUUCCCGAGCUUCGACUCCAAGUGGUAUGGCUUCGGGGCCUUCUGGUUCCCGGCUCUCCGGCGCUUCUCCUCCUAGUAGUAUGGCCUCAGGGCCUUGCGGCCCCCAUCUCUCCCGAGCUUCGACUCCAAGUGGUAUGGCUUCGGGGCCUUCUGGUUCCCGGCUUUCUGGCGCUUCGCCUCCAAGUAAUCUGGUUUCAAGUCCGUGCACCCCCCAUCUCUCUCAGUUUACGCCACCGAAUAAUAUGGCUUCGGGGGUUUCUACAAGUGGGGGAUCUUCGAGAUAUUACACGGCGAGAUCCUCUGUGGAUGAUUCUUUGUAUGUUUCGGCGAGUUCUUCUUUGACUAACGCUUCUAUGGAAUGUUUUGCUCCUUGUGCAACGUCGACGCCGUUUGGGUCCAUUGAACAAAUCCUCCAAGAGAUAGACAAACAGAAUGCGGAAGAAAAGCAACUAAUAAUGACUAACUUAAAACGGUAUCAGAGUGCCAGAAGGAAGUUCCUGGGGCAAUAA